GAGAAACUGACGCCACCUUUGGGAACUAGUGUUUUUGCGAACUUCUCUGUGGAUAGGAUGAUACUUGGUGCUCUUUGUGAGUUCUUGGAGCGGGGUGGGCAUCUUGUCAGCUUUUAAUUUAACGAGGAAUGAUUUGAAUUGAGGUUCUUAAAGCUAUCCUGCAACUGUUCCCAUCUGUGUUUGGAAGAAAUUUGGUUCUUGGAUUUUGUUGGACAUGCCGAUUCACUGGGUCCUUGGCGAUCGGUUCAGAACUUCAGACAUGCCAAUACACCAGUACAGAUGAAAUUUUUCCUGCUGAAGUAUGGCCUUUUCAUAUAGAAUAGAAACUCUUCACCUAGGCUGAGAGAUAUGCAGACAGAUGUUGCUAUUAAUAUGUAGUCAUGUAGUUGUGAUGUAGUAACUACCUUAAAAACCUGCCAAGUGGAAAUUUGCAAAACUGAAAACUGAGUGUUGCUCAGUGGGCUCGUGGUAUCUGUGCUAGCUUAGCUCACCUGGAUUCAAGGCCUGGCUUCUCCGAGGGGAUACAUAUCCUCUAACAUUGGUCUGUAAUGUCACGCCCUGACAUUGCUCCAUCCAGACAGGGCCAUGCCUGACAAUUUGGAGGCCCUGUGCAAAAUAUUGAAAUUCAGUCCACACACUUAUGUGAACUAGUAUCCCACCUUUUGAAUAAUUUAUCUUUGUAACUAGUCCUUUCCAAUCAUAUAUAAUUUUUCAAUGGAAUCAGUAUGAUCUUUCUAGAGUGAGUAUAGAACAUAGUGCAGAGUUUUAAAAGCUUCAAUAUAUGUGAUCUUAUUUUUCUGCAUGCAAGAAUAUUCAACAAUAUUUUAUAUGCAACAAUUAUACUAUUAUGAAAUAAGUUAUCAGGCUUGGAAACUUUUCAUUAUCAGUGAAAGAAUUUUCAAGCAUGGUGAACCUUUACAAUUACAUUUUAGUAAAACAACACAAAGGGCGAACUAAAGUGUUACAGACUCAACAGUACUUCUUACUUCAUAGUAUUACUAAUGACCAUUAACUGUCAUGCACUAAUUAAGGGGGAGUUUUGCCAAACAUGGCAAAUAAGGUGGUGAUUGGCUUGUUACAAAUUAUGUAGCCAAAUUGCCAAGGAGCCUUUGUAAUGAUUGGUUCUCUAGUUACAGAGGAUAUAAGAUUUUGCAUUGCAAAAUUUUGGUACUCCCCCGUUUCAAAAUACUUGACCUUUUAGACUUUCUGUUGGCCAGUUUUUUAAAUUUUUGGCUAUUAAUUUAGAAAAGGUUUAACAUUGACAACAUAAAAUUGAUAUUACCAAAUCUACCAUGAACAUUGAUGUAUAUUUAUUUUUGUUUAAAGAAACAUAUUUUCAAAGGAAUUGAUGGUUAAAGUAUCAUAUAGACCAUGUCAAUGUCCUAAAGGACAAGCAUUUUGAAAUGGAGUGAGUAACAAAACUCAAAACUUGUCAGCAUCCCAUGUGCAUUUCCAAUCCAAUUGAAUGCCAAUUCCAUGGGCUUGCUAACAUUUUUGGCAGGGAAUUGGGGCUGCAGACCAAGGAAAUAUGUUGAAUUGGAAACCUAAAUGUACAACCAAAAAGCUACUGACUGUAGUUACUGGUGCAAAGCUUGAUGAGUCUGAAUUUGAAAGCGUCGAUGCACCGCUUGAGCCCCAAACAUGGGAAGGGAGCUUCUUGUGUGGCCUGUUGAAGAGUCAACCACACAUUUUUCUAGUUGCUGCAACAAAGCUACUUCAACAACUGUCUCUUAAAAGAAAUGACAGCCUAAUUCGCUGGGAACAUAGUAUUGGCUCUUCUGAGGAUUGUCUUCACAGGAGGAUUGCUGAAAUGAAGGAGCAGGAGUGCAGGACUGCUAUUGAGGACGUCAUGUACAUGUUGAUUGUUCAUAACUAUUUCAAGAUUGAAGUUCCGAUGGUUCCGAAUCUAUCCAAACUCAUCAGUAAUAGAAGAUUGCAUAUAUGGCCACCAAGGGUGACAGAUCUUGAAUCAAUUCAUGGACCUGAGGUGUUAGGUCUGAUUAGGGAACACUUGACCAGCAUUAUCAGAUGGGUGCAUAGGAAUGGACCCAAGAUCAACCAGUCAACACUUCGGGUCAAAAGGCUGCAGUUCGGUCGGAUUUAUUCAGCUUCAAUAAUGUAUGGGUACUUCCUCAAAUCUGUCACUGUAAGGCAUCGUUUGGAGAUGACUCUUGCUCGAUCACAAGAAUUUUUACAAUCAAUUCAGUUUCUGAACGCUCAACUUGCAAUCACCCUGAAAUUAGAACAGAAAGAGGCACUUGGCGGUUCUGUGGAAACUUCAUCUUCGAAAUCAAGUUCUCUUGUUGAUCCUCAUGACUUGAAGAGCUACAUGAUGAGCUUUGACCCAAAGACUUUAGAAUUAUGUGCAAAGCUGCGAUCACGAGAGGCCUCCAAUCUCAUUGAGAAGCACAGUUGUGCACUUUUUGGAGAAAACAAGAUAGGUUCCACACAGAAGGAUGAGGCAGUGAUCCUUGAUCCGGUGUCCCUAAAAAGAUUACUGCUUGAAGCCAUUGCCUUUGGUUCCUUCCUUUGGGAUGUUGAAGAUUAUGUCAACGAGAUAUACAAGUUGCAGGAUAGAUAAAAACGAAACGUGAUUUACAGAAGAUUCCUGAAGCACUGUAGAUACAAAGCUUAGCUGAAGAAGCAUUUGCGAAGAUCCCUGAAGACCUGUAUAUAUUAUUAGGAAUUUAGCUUUUCGUAGAGGUGCUUGACCUCAAGAUUGUUUUUGCUCUGAGGGUGCUGACUCACGAGUGUUGCCGUUGUUUGUGCAAAGCUGUCGGGCCGGCAGCUAGCCGGCGAGGUACACUUCGUAGUUCAUACUUGGGGUUUGUUUCUGUCUGAGGUUUUGUAAAUCCACAUAUCGGUUCAGGCACAACAGUUAGCCUCUGCGCUCUGCAGUUGUGCAUUCUCUCAUUACCCUUUGUAGUUCACCCUGUAUAAAUACCUGAUGUACUCGUGAAUACAAAAGUGUGAGAGACUUGCCGUAUUCUCUCAAACCAUAUAUGACUUUCUUUGGA